UGGACCUGCGCUUGCUCUGAUUUUCUGCAGUCACUUUCCAGUCGUUUCAGGAAGAAGAUGGCGGACAGGGCUGAGAUGUUCUCCCUUUCUACCUUCCACUCCCUUUCACCACCCGGUUGCAGGCCGUCCCACGACAUCAGUCUGGAGGAGUUUGACGAUGAAGACCUCUCUGAAAUCACAGACGACUGCGGGAUCGGACUCAACUACGACUCGGAUCCGUACGAGAAAGACUGUCUGAUUCUGGAGAAGAACGAGAUGCACCACCCCAUGUGCUCCUUCCAGGACGACUUCCAGGAGUUUGAGAUGAUUGACGACGAGGAUGAGGAAGAGGACGAUGAGGACGGCGACGAGGACGAGGAAGAGCUGGAUCCAGACGGGCCUCCCUCCCCGUCCGCCUCCCCUCCCGACUCCCCCACCCUCGACACCCAGAAGAGCCGCCCCACCACGCUGAACCUCACCACGGCCGUGUCACAGGAUUCGUUAAACAACAACAGCAGCCUCUCCCCAAAGAAAGGCAGCUGGCAGGACUCAAUACGUAAUCCUAUUCAGCAAGGUCGUCUGUCUCCAAACCACUCUUGUCUGGAUGACGGCCUCCACGAGACGGGCCAGUGCCCGGCCACUCCGGUGUCCCAGGCACCAGGGCCACAGAGCAAAGGUACUCCCCCAAAACAGACAGGGGAGGGCAGGCUCAGCCAGUCUCCUCACAGGCCCCUUCUCUGCGACGUGGAGGGCAACAGGCGCGAGAGGCCUGAAUACGGUUCAUUUGGCCAGCAUCAAUCCAACACCUGUCCAGGUGACGUCUCCAAGACCUCCCCUGAGCCUCUGAACAGGACGUCCCGGGUCCCCUCCGUCGACGAGAACUCUCAGUGUUCCGACACAGAGGUCGACCGCGACCUCAUCAACGACCACAAUCACAAACACCUCAACCGGCGCACCACGGACACCUACACGGUCACCAGCGAAUCAGGGAUGGAGCCGGAGAACGACCUGGACCCGGAUGCCACCAGCCACUGUUUGUCGUCCACCGCGCCCAUCGGAGGCAACGACGGCGCAGACACGCCCCUGUCGGACGAAGAGCUGGACAAAGACUUUGAGGUGGAGUUCAUGUGUAAGGAGACCUACGACCUGGUGUGUGAGGAGAACCAGCGCUCCUCGUACGUGGAGUUCCCCUGCAUUGAGCCCUUUGAGUCGGCCGCCUUCUCCAGCUACAUCUCCACUGACCGCCCCGACGCCCUCGACCCGUCCAAUGGCGCCGCGCGCGACGAUGCUGCGGCCAAUGACUCCACCUCCCCGUCCUCAGACCCCGGGAUAGCAGACAUGAACACAAAGCGGCGCUACGUCACGGACCAAGACCAGGACCUGAGCUCGCCGGCUUCGGACUCUGACGUCGAAGGGGAGCUGGAGGCCGCGUUUGUCUGCGGGGGCCAUUUGGUUUCCAACAUGAUCUCUUCCAUCUCAGAGACGGAACUGGACCUUACCAGCGACGACAGCAGCAGCGGACGUUCAUCACACCUCACGAACUCCAUCGAAGAGGCCAGCUCCCCCACGUCGGACCAGGAGCUGGACCCCGACACCGAGCUCGAGCAGGACAGCGGCAUCGUGGGGAUGAAGGCCUCGCUUCUUCUCGGGCAGCAUGAUCCGAUCAAAGUCGGGUAUCCUCUAUCGUCUUCCUCGCCCCUGCCCUCCCCUACCUUGGCUACCCCUUCUCCGGUGGACUCACCCAUCGAGCCCCUAGGGUCCUAUGACGACGGCGAGGCUCUGGGUGAGGAGGACCUGCAGUUUGAGCACCACGCAGACCCAGAUGAGACUCUCCCCACAGCCCAGCGGUCUGAGGACAGCUUCUCCAGGCAGAUGGUGCUCGAAAUAGAGCCAGACCAUAGCCUCGAGAGCUUCAAGCGCUCUUUCUAUCUGCCUGUUGGCCCCAGACUCAUGCCAAGCACGGACGACUAUGGCACCAGUGAAGGAGACUCCGAUUCAGAGAGCGAAGACGAGCUGAGUGAGAAUUCUGACUCACCGUGGUUGCUUAGCAACCUCGUCAACAAGAUGAUCUCAGAGGGCUCUUACCCAAUCAGCUGCCCGGAAGAAUGCUUCAAGAGGAAACUUUCAGUAUCCGACACCAUCUCUCCAUCCUCAGACAUAGACGAGGAUGACGACAGAAGGAAUCAAGCAGGAAGGGCGGGGUUACAGGAAGGAGGUAAAGCAAGUGAAGGUCUAAGAGACUAUGUGACGCAGACAGAAGAAAGGGGGAAGAACACCAAGCCUGGUCUACACGCAAGCGGUCACACUGGUAUUAGUGGAGAUGUGGACUCAAGCACCAGCAAUGCCAGGGAAACGACAAGAGGCUCCGUCUAUAACCAUUGCUCAAAAGACUCUGACAAGAACCUCGCCAUGAAGUGGUCCAAAAACGACAGGAGACAAGAGGAACGGGGUGAGGAGGACGUCCCUGAACCGAACAAUGACCUCAUGAUGCACGAGGGACAGAAAGAGCUGGACUCCCCUAGUCUGACCGAGAGUGUGAUCAGUGACAAGGACGAGGGACGAGAGACGGACCCCAAGCCCACGGGUCGCAGUUCUGCCUCCCUGGAGCGCAUCACCGAAGUGAAACAGGGCUUGACCCUUGACAUCCCCACGGCCCAAACCAACCGAUGCUUCAGCCUCAGUUACUCCACGGAUAACGACGAAGAGGACGUUGAUGAAGACUCUUCCCCGUUCCUUACCGAUUUGAGGAAGCAGAGCGCCUUCGGGGGGAGCAACCUGUAUCUGGACAGUUCCCCUCCCAUCGACGAGAGCGUUCAGAACCGCCCCUUUUCAGACCAGGACCUGUGCGACAAAGCUCUGGCUCAGCGGCAGCAGUCAGAUGAUGAUGGACUGGCCUACGACUCCAUGAAGUACACACUUGUUGUGGAUGAGAACACCACACUGGAGCUGGUCAGCCUCAGAAGGUGCACCUCUGUUCUGAGCGACGACAGCGAGCUGUCCACGCUGUGUGACGAGGAGCCACUCGGGACGGGCGACGAGGCCGCCUACGGACUCAGGGACGAAGAAGUGCGGGCGGAACUCCUGAGCUCUUCUGAGGACUCCUCUCCGGAGGCGGACCUGCCCUUCUCCAAGAAGUUCCUCAAUGUGUUCGUCAACAGCACGUCACGCUCCUCCAGCACUGAAUCCUUUGGACUUUUCUCCUGCACAAUCAAUGGAGAGGACAGGGACCAGACACACAGGGCUGUGUACAGGUUUAUUCCCAGACAUGCGGAUGAACUUGAGCUGGACGUGGAUGACCCCCUGUAUGUCGAGGAGGAGGAGGAUGACUACUGGUAUAGAGGAUACAACAUGCGGACAGGGGAACGAGGCAUAUUCCCUGCCUUCUACGCUCAUGAGGUCAUUGGCCAGUCGAAGGAGACAUCAGGUGUGAAGAGAAAUCCAGCGUGGAUUGAGACUUUCAACGUCCAGUUCCUGGGGUCGGUUGAAGUACCUCAUCACCAAGGCAACGGCAUUCUCUGUGCUGCAAUGCAGAAGAUUGCCAUUUCGAGAAAGAGGACGGUGCAUGUGCGGCCUCCGUCUCUGUGUGAGCUGGAGAUCAGCCUGCAGGGAGUCAAGCUGAUCAUGAGCCUGGAGGAUGAGUAUGACACGCUGGACGAGUUUGACAGGUGUAGUCACUUCUUCCAGAUGAAGAACAUCUCCUUCUGUGGAUGCCACCCUAAGAACAACUGUUACUUUGGCUUCAUCACUAAGCACCCGAUGCUGAACAGGUUCGCCUGCCAUGUGUUCGUAUCCCAGGAGUCGAUGCGGCGUGUAGCAGAGUGCGUUGGGAAAGCCUUCCAGGAGUACUACCAGGAGCACCUGGAGUACGCCUGCCCCACAGAGGACAUCUACCUGGAGUAGGCCGGUGUACCACAGCAUCCCC